AUGAUCCAGCAGAAAACCAAGAAACGACUAGUAGACUAGCUACAACCACUUCUUCAUCCAAUGUAGAAGAUCCAGCAGAAAACCAAAAAACGACUAGUAGACUAGCUACAACCAUUUUUUCAUCCACUGUAGAUGAUCCAGCAGAAAACCAAGAAACGACUAGUAGACUAGCUACAACCACUUCUUCAUCCACUGUAGAAGAUCCAGCAGAAAACCAAAAAACGACUAGUAGACUAGCUACAACCAUUUUUUCAUCCACUGUAGAUGAUUCAACAGAAAACCAAGAAACGACUAGUAAACCAGCUACAACACUUUUUUCAUCCACUGUAGAUGAUUCAGCAGAAAACCAAGAAAAGUAUAAUGUACUAACUACAACUAUUUCUUCAUUUACUCUAGAUAAUCCAGCACACAAACAAGAAGCAAUUUACGGACUCACUACAACCCUUUCUUCGUCUGCUCUAGAUAAUCUUGCAGAAAAUCAAAAACGACAGAUGAAACAACAACAGUUCUUUCAAUCUUUAGUGUUGCUGACUUAA